CCAUAGAAACAAGUCAACAAUGAUGGCGGCAGCCCUAUGGUGAAAAGGAUCAAUGUUCUGAAACAAGUGUGUUUUCUGAUGUAUUUUUAUCGUUGAAAAUAUCCAAGAAGUAUUUUAAAAUACAGAUCCAGUCCUAUACUUUAUAAAUAAUUCUUCUUAAAUAGGACUACAAUGUUUAGUUUAUUUUUCUAAUUAGUAGAUUCUAGAUCUAGAAUUGUGAUCAGCCAUAGUCAAGUGCCCGUCAAGUGGGGGCUGCUACAUGAAGUUGGUUCUAGAUCUAGACAGGCAAUAAUCUAGUAUGGCAGAAGAAGAGUCAGAAGAAGUGUAUGAUGAACUAAAUAAUGAAGAAAAUGAAAUAUCUAAUGUAGAAGAAAAGGUAGAGGAGGUGGAAACAAUUCUAAAUGAAGAAAAUAGUGAGAAUAUUCAGAAUGCAGAAAAUGGUGAAGUUACCUAUAGUGACAGUGAAGCAAGGCAGGACAAUCAAUUAAAUGAAGAUGAAAUAGAUACAAAAGAUAAAGAAGAUCUAGAAAAUAAUGCUGAUGCAGUCACAGAGGAAGAUUUAUUAGAAGGAGAUGUUGAGCUUAAGAAUUCUGAAGAAGAAGCUAAUCACAACAAAGAACAAAAUGAACAAUUUGUUACUGGCAAUAACCUCGUAGAAGAUGAUGAUGGGAAAGAACAAGAAAAUAAAGUAAUAGAAGACAAUGAAAACCUGAAUAAUACUGAAGAUUUCAAUUCUAAUGUAGAAACUAGCAAUGAUAAUGUGCAAAUUAUACCUGAUCAAGCAGAAGAAAAUAUGGCAGGAACAUAUUUAAUUGAGCAUGACAAUGAUCAAACUGUAUCAGAGGUUGUUAAAAAUGACACAGGAAACUACACACAAGAUGACAUGGAAAUGAAUGAGAAUGCUGUGAAUGGAAAUGGGCAUAUAGAGGAUACAGAUGCUGAUGGUCUAGAAAUAGAUUUUAAUCAGUCCAAGAAUAUUGAUACUGACUCUUCAUCCAAAGUUGGAACAGAAGUUAGGACACCACAACAGGAAAGUCAAAGAGUAGUUCCAUUAGACAAAAAAUUUAGAGUGAAUUUGGAUGCCACUGCUACAGUCAAGUUUGUUAUGAUGCCCAGUGGUCAAGUGGUUACAUUAGCCUGUACCUUAGGAAAAACUUUGGAAGAAUUAAAAUCACACUUCGCAUAUGAACUGAAGAUGCCAUCUUCUCUCAUUAUGCUUUUGUUUGAUGGCAAAGAUUUAUCUAGUACUGUUACUUUAGCAGAAUUGGGAGUGGGACCAAAUGGAACUGUUCAGCUUGAAAUCCAGUCAGCAGAUCCUUUGAAUGCACCUUUGAAGCCAUAUAGACCACAUCAGGAGUACCACAUGCCUGAUGUUAUAACUGUUAGAGUUGUGACAGAAGAUUGUGAAACAAAAGAUGUUGUGGUUGAAAUAGAAAGGGCAAGAUGCAAAAAACCAUUUUUGGGAGGCUUUCGUAACAAAAACACAGGUAUAGAGUACCACAAUGCUUCAGCACAAACUGUACAGAAGCAGAGACCACCUGCCACAUUGGAGAGAUUCUGUAGGGAUACACAAACUUGUGAACAAAAAAAUACACUUCAACAAACAAUGAACACAACCAGCACACAGAUGACUGGAGUUGGAUUCUUUGUGUCCAAUGCUGAAGACAAGCUCAUCCAGCCAGGGGAGUACUGCACUGCUGAUGAAUACUGGGCUUUAGUCCUCAGCAAAGUAAUUAUUUUACAAAAGAAUUAUCGGCGCUGGCUUGCUAAACGCUAUGUUAAAAAACUGAAAGAAGACAAAGAAAAGAGAUUGGCUUGGGAAAGAAAUGAAGAAUUAAGAAAGAAGUUGGAGAAAGAAGAACGUAUUAAACGAGAAUACGCCAGGCGUAUAAAUCCACAAUCAAAAUCUGAUUUUGAUAUGCUGCUUCAUUGUCUUGAAAAAUGGAGGCUUGAGGAAAUAGAGAGGAUUAACACGACACUGACAGGAGCUGAGCGCAAGGCUGCACUUUGUAUGCUGCUGGACCAAGAAACAGAGCUGCUGUCUGCCAUUGAGCGCCACAAAAAUGAAGCCAGUCUUGAGAAUAGGGACAAGAGGAUUAUGGCAUUCCUUGAAAAAGCUGCAGCCCCAAAGAAGUGGGCAGGACAUGAUGGUAAACUCACAUACAUGGACACCCCAUACACAGUGCGGGCCAAGGAGCUGAGAGACAUUUACAAUAGCAUCAACAUGAAGUAUCUAACCCAGGAUGAACGACUGGAUGUUUUACUAACACUCAAGCACACUGUCAAGGAGCAUGACUGUAAGCUCACACAGGAGAUUAUUGAACUUAUUGAUCGUGAAGCUGAUCUUUUGAUGAGGGGGGUCAAAGAAAGUAACUUAACAGGCCUGAGAAAGAGAAUAUCAACUCUGUUCUUACAAUAUAUUAAAACACCAACCUUCAACCCAGAAGCCGCCAAACUUCUUAAGGUUCCUCAAGAUCCAAGCACUCUGCGCAAGAACAUCAACUACUGCCACAGCUGUGGCUCCUACUUGCCCUCCACUGAGUUUUUCAUUACAUCUAACACAAGCAAUGUGGGUCGCUGUAGGAAAUGUGAAAAGAUUGAGAAUGAUGGGAGGCAAAGGCAGGAUCAUAAUUAUUAUCGUGUCAUGCUUAAAGCUUUGCGCAAGUCUGAAGAAGCUAUCCAAGAUGGAAGCAGCAUAUGCUACCUUCUACAGGAAAUUGACUUGCGGUACCUGGUUGAAAAUAUCUGGAGCAACCAAAGUGUGUUGAGUGCAUGGGAUGACAUAUAUGACCUGACGCUAGUCAGGUGGGACAAGCACCAGGAGUGGUCUCCCUGGAACUGUAUCCUACUCACCCAUGAUGAGGCGGAGGCUCACAAAAAGCUCUUUAGUUUAGAAGAGGGAUAUGGCCAGGUGUUUAUACACAAAGUGACCCAGAAACACAACUUUGCCAGAAAUUACUUCUCUCGUCUACCGGGAAUGUCUGAAAUUUUGCGUAAAAAAAUUGGAGCUGCAGAAAAUAGUGCAGCCAAUGCACCAGCUGUAUCAGGGCACACUGUUCCCAAGUCGCAGAAAGUCUGAAAGUUGGUUGGGACAUUUCAGCCUUCGUAUGGAUUCAUUUCACAACAUACCAGUGGUAGUCAAGUGUAACUACAAGAUAUACAGCACAAAAAUAAGACUGGUUUUAUUUAGAUGGUUUGUUUAAAAAAAUAAUUUUUCUUUUUCUAUCUGUAUUCAACUUAUUUUAUGAAAAAAAAAAUUGGACAAGAGUGUAUUGAAGCAAGUGUCACACAGGUGUAGGUGGAAAACUUAGGGCAAUCUGACAUUACCCAAUUAAUUACAUGUCAAAAAGCUGUAGUGUGGAGUAAAUGCAUAAUGGCUACAUCUUUAGGGAAAUAUUUUUAUGUUAAAGACAUGGGUGUGCAGUGCUGUGUACACACUGUACUUGACCUAUAAAUUAACUUCUUUUAUCAUUUAAAAAAUUGACUUCAAUUUGUUCACAUUCAAAACAGUGCCCAUAAAAUAUUUUAAUUUAAUAUCUAAUUGAAUGUGUGUUUAGAAGCAAUGUAUGGUAUUAACUGCGUUGUAAAAUAAUCACUGUAUGGUUGUUUUAUUACUAUAUAUUUACCUUUGUUUUUUUUAAAUGCUUACUUAAAGUAACAAUCAUUGCCUCUUAAUGAUUAUUAAAAGAAAGAAAUAUAUUUCACAUCAGUUUGUUGUUAAAAUUUGUUAAAAAGAUGCUAAAUCUUGUAUAUCAGGAAAAAAAGAGUAUAAAUUUCAGAUUCAACCAGCAUUCCUAAACAUUUCAUAAUUAUAACAAAUUUCCAUCAAAAGUUUUAUAUAAACUUGUUCAAGGAAUAUUAAAAGGGAAAUCCACACAAACAAGUGAGUUG